AUGGACUCCAAGGACAAGAAACCUGAUUCUUCAGAGACACCGCCAGGCACCAUGACCAAGCGUGAGUUAGAGGAACUACUAGGAGCCAAGCCACCAGACACCAAAGAGAAGCUCGAGAAAUUCGACUUCGAGGUUCUUAGCAAGGACGUCAUUACCAGCCUACGAGAUUGCCUACGGGCCAAUGGAGCCUAUAUCAAGAAAGGAAGAGGACUCUCGAUGGCCAAAGAAUUAGCGGACGUAAUCAAGGAAGAGAUCCCAUGGCCACCAGACGACGAAGACCGUCCCCCACCAAAACCAUCUCAUUACUAUCCUCAGCAACAACCAAUUCAGCCACAGCAGCCUUAUCAGCCUUAUCGACCGGAGAACACUGUUCCUCUCCCCCCGCAACAGCCUUAUCAGCAGCCUUAUCGACCGGAGAACACUGUUCCUCUCCCCCCGCAGCCACCUUAUCAACCAAUUGUCGAAGAUACCACUCCAGUCCACCCUCGCCCCACUCCAAUUGUUGAGGAUACCACUCCAGUCCACCCUCCCCACCCAUCCAAGCCACCGCCCCCCUCCACGUCAGCCUCAACAACAGCCAAUGCAGUCAAUUCAGCAACAACAGCCUGA